AUUCACUUCUGCCUUCUAGCUUACAGCCCUCAUGCACUCAAGGAUCCACAGUUGGAAACGCUAACAUCUUCCACCUCAUUUUUGGAUCAGCUUUCUCCAUCUGCAUCACUACAUCCACAGAUACAGAGAUGAGCGAUCAGGAAAUAAUUUAUUCAACCCCUGCAUUUCUUCAGAAUCCUUCAGAGCCACAAAAUACAUUAAGGCCUGGUGGUACUCAAAGGCCUGGGAAAAUUGAUGGCAAAGAGUUUUCAGGACCCUCACGUCUCAUUGCAGUGGCUCUUGGGAUCCUCUGUUUACUUCUAAUCAUGACAAUCAUAGUGUUGGGAACAAUGCUUUUUCAGUAUAAUCGAGAAAAACAUCAACAAGAUGAAAUUCUACAAAACCUCAAACAAAAGUACCACAUUAUGCAAAAUGAUAACUACUUAACAAAGCAACUUUUGGCAAAUAUGACUCUAGAGUCUGACAUUCUCAAAAAUAAAAUGGGUGCGUGUGGAAAGAAACCAGUCUCAUCAUUAAUAGAAGAGAAGAUGUGUCAUAGAAAAAAGAAAAUCUCUUCAAAAUCUUUGCAAAAUACAGGCAAACUCAAUGAAGAACUCUGGUCCUGUUGUGGGGUAAACUGUUACCUUUUUACCACUGAAAAUGAAAACUGGAAGGAAUGUAAAGAGACUUGCCAAAAUAAAGGAUUGUCUCUUUUGAAGAUAGAUGAUGAAGUUGAACUGGCCUUCCUUCAAUCCCAGACUUAUAAAAAUACCUACUGGAUUGGAUUGUCAUUCAAUGAAAAGGAAAGUAAAUGGGAAUGGAUUGACAAGGGCACACCUGGAAUUAAUGUUUCAAUAAUGAAUAGGACCUUUGGGAGAAGAGAAUGUGCAUUUUUAGCCUCAACGAGAAUAGCAAAUAUUGAUUGUUCUAAAACCUACAAUUGUAUCUGUGAGAAGAACAAUGUUGUUAAUGACAUUCACUAACUACUAAUGAAUAUACUAAGAAGAAAAGGUAAAAUGGAAAGUGGCCAUUUUUAGUGUGUUUCUUGUAAUAAUCUGUGAUUACUUAACAAAGUAAUGUUUUUGACUGCAGGACUUAGUCCACUGCAGAAACAGAGAUGAGCUGGAAGAGAAGAAAAUGCUCUUUUGAACAAUGAUUUGAGAGAUCAGAUGGUGUUCUUGGAUAAGAGGGGAAGAUUUUGCUUUUGGAGAGUAGUUACCCCUCUCUUUAAUGGACCUGUGGAAUUUUCUGUUUCUCUUUCCUGGAACUACACACAGAAACAGUUAGAAAACUCAUAAAUACCUGGGUCUUUUCC